AUGUCAAUACAGAGUGUUCUAAUAAUUUUGUUACUAAGUAAAACCCUGGUAAAACAGUCUAAUGCAGUGAUAAACCAGAAAAGGCCCAGUGAACUGGGGGCUAAAAAUGAAUUUUUCGAAAACACAGAGGGCGACAAUACAGACAGCUUCGUAAAUAAAAAUUCCAACAAUAGUGUCCAAAGCGAGAUUGGAAACCUCGAAAGGGCAUUUUCUAAGGGAACCAAAACAAUUAAUGAAACAGCCUCAUCAGUUUUUGAGGCAUUUUCUAAUGGACUUGGGUUACUGGUAAGCGGGAGUGGUGUGUUUGGAGACAAGGCAGACCAACUAAUAACGGAAGGAAUUGGGACUACUGGACGUAUUAUUGAUCGGACGAAGGAUGUAACUAGGGGUGUGACUGAGUUAUUGGAGGACACAAGUGUCGAGUUUGACUCUAGAGUAGGUUCAAAGGAAAAUUUGGAUAAGUUCAACCAUUACAUGAGCCACUAUUUGACUCAAAACAAGAAUAAAGUGGAUGAUAAGCUUGGUAAGGAAAAUUUGAUGGGAGAGAAAUAUUACAAUCUGUACUGCCAAAGAUGUCUUCAGGGCGACUGUCUCACUUUUGACAAUUUUAAAGUUGCCGAUAUGGGUAAUAAUAUUAAGCUUUUUUUACCAAGUUUGGUCCAGGUUAGUGUUGCGUUAUACCUGUUUAAGGAAUCUGUAAACAAUGAAUAUAACUUUAUUACCACUCUUUUGAGAAGAACGAACUACAACUCUACCGAGUUUUUCAUACUGGUGCUCGCUAGGCAUAAUUUAAAGAAGCGUGAAUUCCUCAACUCUAACGAUGAAGGUGUUAAUACCUUCUACUAUAAAGCCACACUGCUUUAUAAAAAGUUCACGAGUGAGUCAAAGAUAAAGAACCAACUAGACUCGAAAAAAACUUUGACGACAGUUUUGGGCUUUUUUGUGAAGUCUGACCUUAUAAAGGUAGCUCAAAUGUCGACAUUCGGCUCUGACAUAAAACUUGACGGUGAUGAACUGAAUCAGUUGACUGUCAACUUCAAGAAUUACUUAAUGAAUGAUUCUGAGGAGUUUAAUUACCUCUCAGACUCCUAUGCUAACCUUUGCAGAGAUUGUCUACAGGGCAGUUAUGAGGAGAACAUGUUCAACACUGAGAUGAUGGAUUAUCUUAUUGAGGGCAAAUAUGAUGCUGAUGACAUUUGUGAUGGGCAAGAAGAGGAAUGUCUUGUUAUGUUGGAUAAGUAUGUUGAGCGUUGCAAGGGUGGUGAUUGCUACACUCUUGACUCCGUUAACUUGAUGGAAAAUAUUCGUCUCAGAGUGUUGAUGCCGAAUAUUCCACAAGCUAAACUCGCACUCAGAAUCUUCCGACGCAGUAAAGCUCACAGAGCUGGCAACUUUCUAGUUGGAUUAAUGAAACGUCUGUUUCGAAUGGAAACACACAGGACUCUACGUACAUUCAUUCUUAUGUUGGCGAAACAUAAUGUGAAAAUGUCAUAUUAUAAUAAUGAGGCUGAAAAGGUUAUUAACCGUUUCCUAUACCAGUCAACAUUAUUUUUUGUUAGAUUUUUAACUGUUUCCAAAUUAGUAACAUUUUACUCUUUGGGUAAGUUCACUUUAUGGUUAUUCUCAUUUGGGAGAUAUAAAUACCUGAAAGAACUAGCAAAGGACAUAACAUUUGGGAAUAAAAUUGUCUUAACUCAUGAUUUAUCAACUGUAAUGGUGAAAUACAGUGAUUAUCUCGUCAAGUUUAACCAGAAGAAAUUACAUACAAUAGCUAGAUACUUUGCUUCGAUGUGUAGGGAGGUGGUAAUGAAGCAUGUGAAUGUGGAUAAGAUUAGUGCUGACAUGUUUGACACUAUGGAGGAGAUUAAGCCUACUGAUAUUUGUGGCAAGAGUGAGAAGCUUGAUUGUCCCACUCUAGUCCAAAUAUUCCUUGACCGUUGUAAGAACGGUGAUUGCUAUACUCUUGACUCCAAGAAUUACUUUACUUUAAAUCGCAUGACUAAAUUAACUCUACCUAUACUACACCAGGUUGAUGCUGCUAUUUAUGUAUUCAACAAUAGCAGUUCCAAUAAGGGUAGAUUUACCAGACUCGUCAAGUCCAUAGGGUCUGUUGCAGAUAUAGAUCCUUUUAUACAGUUUUACAGGAAUUUGGUAAAUCACAACUCUAAGUUAAUCACUUAUAAAUCAUUAGAUAAUGAGGUGCUUAAUAGAUAUCUUUUCAACUCUGCAGUUUAUUACAAGUUCAUCAGUGAUAAGCAUUUGCUGGACUCGGUGGACUCUGAAUUUCUCCGGGAGUUUAAUCAUACUUCCGAGAAAGUUGAAAUGUUUAUGAAUCGUACUUUGAGGUCUCUUGUUGGUGCUGAACGAAUCAGACUAAAAGGCAUUGACCUCGAUGAAGUUUUCAAAAUAUAUCGUAAAUACUUUUACACUACUCAAGUCGUCACAAAUCAACAAGGGCUUGAACUCUUUAUUCAAUCCUGUCAAAAAGUUAUACAACUCUUCAAAAGCAUGCAAAAUGAUGAUUCGAAAUUCGAACAAUACGUUAAAUCUCUUCGAGAAUAA